GUGAGCCUAAUAUGCUUUCUUUGUUCAACUUAUAAUAGUCAUGGAUACCGCCGUAACAUCAGUCACUUCCCAAACCACCAUGUCGCCAGCGCACGACCAGGUUUUGGGCCCCGAAUAUGAGACACUUUUCGACCCCGACACAUGCACUCGCAGAGGUCUUUGUCCUGUAACACAGAUUCGCAAACAGGGAGGUCCGCUUGAGAGCCAUUCUUUGUACUAUGAGCAACACGGCACUGGACCUGAGAAGGUCGUCUUUAUCAUGGGCGUCAAUAGCACAUCCUUUGGAUGGUUAUCUCAGGUCGAGUACUUCGGGAGACUUCCCCAGUACUCGGUACUAGUUUUCGACAAUCGCGGUGUGGGUAUGAGUGGUACUCCGAGGGGUCCGUACACAACGAGCGGCAUGGCCGAGGACGUCAUAACAUUACUCGACUAUCUGAAAUGGAACGAAGAACGUAGCAUUCACGUUGUAGGCAUCUCAAUGGGCGGAAUGAUAUCACAAGAGCUUGCAGAUCGUAUACCCGAUAGAAUAAUUUCCCUGAGCCUCAUUGUCACCACCGCGGGCGGUCAAUUCUGGCUGAAUAUGCCACCUUGGAAAGGUUCUACGUCACUGGCAAGGCUGUUGAUGACAGGAGACCCUGACGUAAAGGUUCCCAUCCUAAUGGAUAUGCUAUACCCCCGAGCAUGGCUAGCGGAGAAGGCCAAAGAUGACCCAGAGGGAAGGACCAACUUAGAAGUCCAGUCGUCUUUUUACCAUUGGCGUCUGAAGAUCACCCGGCCCCAAACACCCAUAGGUGCUUUGUCACAAAUGUAUGCAGGGCUCACUCACUAUGUCUCACCCGCGCGACUGCGCAAGAUAUCCUCAUCGAUACCUAAAGUUGUCAUCCUAACAGGCGACCAGGAUGAUGUAAUACGUAGUUCUGACAGUCGCCACCUACAUCGUCAUAUGCCCGAGGCCGAGUUUCAUUGGUGGGAGGGGACGGGCCAUGGAAUUUCGGCGCAGUGGAAGACAAGGUUCAAUGAACUCUUGGAGAAGACGUUUGAAGCAGGGAGGCUAUCAGUUGCGGCUGCAAGUGUAGACACGAACUGAACUGUUACCUUUACCUGGACCCACUACCUGUAGUAUGCGCGUAUACCUAUAUUAUUACCCAUGGACC